AUGAGACUUCUCCAAGACUUCUUUGGCCUGUCAGCAAAGACUAGAUCGAUGUCAUCGUCGUCGACGAGCGAGUCCAUCAACGUUCACGCUAUCAAACGGGCCUACCGUCGUCUUAGUCUUACGCUCGACAUUGCCGAUAAACAACGCCCGCCUGAGCUAUCAGCGCAUCUGGAGGGUCUCGACGAAGCUGGAGAGUCUCAUACCGAGGAGACUCAAUUCAUCAGCAUUCAGGCUAGGGAGCUUCUUAAAGUCAUGCGCGUCCGUUAUAUGUGGGGAAACGAGGUCGAGAUGCUACGCCGCUGCUUUCGACACUUAAAAUCGCCGAAACCUGAGCCUGGUCUGCGCAAGAUCUUCGGCGUCGUUUGCGAAGGCGGCUCGAUCCUGCAGUUGGCGCAGAUAAUUGACCAUGACGGCGCCGUCGCGCGCGCGCUCACACUCUGCUAG